AUGUCUUAUCCAAAUACUUGUACUUUUCCAGGAAUUGAUAAUUUUCAUGAAUGGGCGUGGCCUCAAGAUGAUGACAUAGGAUAUAUAUAUGCGAGAACAUUACCUGGGAUCAGAGAGUGGAAAAAAUGGUCACCUGCGCAAGUUAUGAAAAUUACCAAAAAUCACAAUCUAGAUAAGAAAUUAAGUCUACUUAAAACAAUGUUCCAUACUGGUACCGCAAAUCCACAGCAAAAAAUGUCUGCUCAACAAAUGCAUAAAGAGCUUAUUCUACGUGCAGCACAUGGCGAAAUUGAAACUGAUAAUAUUCCUAAAAUUACGACUAUAGCAAACUGGAUUAGUGGGUUCUACAAAAAAUGGAAAGCUGCAAUGGCUAUGCGUUCUAUAGAAGAAGCAGAAACCUCAAGAGCUUCUAAUAUGUCUAGUUUUUCAAAAUAA